AUGAUGCUAUCAGAGAAGAUUAUGGAGUGCUUAUCAGAGGGAUUGGGGUUACGGCGUGAGGCUGUUAAGGAAGUUAUGGGCGAGUAUAUGAUGCUUGUCAACUACUAUCCGCCAUGUCCACAUUCCGAUUCGUUCCAGGGAUUGGAUCCACACACCGAUGUUAAUGGGUUCACACUCAUCCUACCCAAUGAGGUUCCCGGACUUCAAGUGUUCAAGGACGAUCACUGGAUCAACCUCGAGUAUAUCCCACCCGCUAUUAUAGUCAUCAUUGCGAUCAGAUCCUAG